CCACGGAUCAUAAUUAUUGAUGCGUUUAAACGAUGGAUUCUUUUUCUGGGUUUUGAUGGAUUUACUCUAUUUUCUUUUUUAAUCUUGGCUUCUCUUGAUUUAUUUUUAGUAACAUCAAUACUACUUUCAUUUUCUUUCGUUUUCUAGUUUCUUACGGGCUAUAAAGCCGAAACCCAUGUUCCCUUUUACUAGCAUGUGCUUGAUAAUCCUUCUGUGGACUUGUCCUUAAACUUUCGGGUACUUUUUGUAAUAUCGUACAUGGGUUCACUUUUUGAUAUAUUUUUGUCCUAAUUCACUUUUUGGUUGGUGAGAAAACAGGAAGGAAAAGGAAAAGAAAACGACUUUUCUACUGUUUUAUUGGUGUUAGAGAAAUUUUAUAUAAGUCAACCGAGUGAAACCGCUGUCUUGAGAUCCUCGUUCUGGUUUUCUGUAUCCUCGAACGAUCAAUAAUUUUAGAUUCACGACUUUUCCUGUAUUUUUUUCGCAACCUGGCAGAAUAUUCGAGUAGGCUAUGGUCAACCUCGUAGAUCGUUGUUAAUUUCUGUACAAUUCAAUAGUAUCGGUGUUUUAUAUGCAAGAGCUCGUACUCCAUCAACUUUUUUUUGACUGAAUUCUGCAUAUUUUUCAUUGCAAAAUGUUUGGUUUAAAGAAAUCUCCCAUGAAGAUUGCUAAACAUAACUCAGUUGAUCCUGGAAAUUCUAUUCCCUCUAGCUUGAACCCUUUUGACCAUGAUGAUGAGUUGGAUAAUAAGCGAAAACACAAUUCCUCGAGGACUUCUUCUGAGCAUGCCCUAGUUACACCAAACUUUGGAGCCAACCCUUUUGAUGAUAAAGAGCAGAAAACAGCCUCCUCUUGUUCAUCUUCGUAUGCACUUACUUCAGCAGGGAGAAACAGGUACAACAAUGCUUUCCACGACUCUGGUGGUUUGGAGAACCAAUCUGUGCAAGAGCUGGAGAACUAUGCCGUGUACAAGGCUGAGGAGACUACGACAGCAGUCAAAGGUUGCGUGAAGAUAGCAGAGGACAUAAGAGACAAUGCUACCAAAACUUUGGUCACCCUGCACCAGCAGGGUGAGCAACUCACCCGGACCCACAUGGGUGCUGCUAACAUUGAUCACGAUCUUAGUCGGGGUGAGAAGCUUCUUGGAAGUCUCGGAGGCAUGUUCUCUAGGACUUGGAAGCCAAAGAAGACACGCCCAAUAAGUGGCCCUGUUAUCAUAGGAAAUGAUUCAUCCCGGAGUCACCUCAACCACUUGGAGCAGAAGGAAAGGUUAGGAUUGAAUACAGCCAAGGGAUCGUCAAACACACUAAACCCAUCUGCUGAACCCAUAAAUGCACUUCAGAAAGUUGAGCAGGUGGAAAAGGCAAAGCAAGAUGAUGCGCUGUCUGAUCUAAGUAAUCUAUUGGGAAAGCUGAAGGAAAUGGCUAUUGACAUGGGCUCGGAAAUUGAGAGUCAGAACAAGGCUUUGGAUCAUUUCUAUGAUGAUGUUGAUGUGAUAGGCACACGUGUAAAAGAUGCUAGUCGACGUGCUCGUCAUUUACUUGGAAAGUAGGGUGCGGAUUUGCACUGCUAAUGCCUUCUGCACUGCCCUGCUAAAUACUUGUGACCCCUUCCUAAACCCAAAUUCUCUAAUUGUUUCUCUUAAAGCGCCCGUGGAAAAUGGAUUAGAACCCCCGUUGGUGCAUAUAGUGUCAUGUUGUUAUACGCACGAUUGAGAGUGGCAAUAAUGAUGUAAAAGCCAUCCCGAAAGAAAUCUCAAUUUCUUAUGGUCAGAAUUGGAAACUUCACAAACUUGCGUAUACGUUUUAUUUUUAUUCGGAUUUGAUGGAAACUGAGGAAAACUCAUUUGAUUUUCUUGGAAAAUGUAUGGUCAGUAAAUAAGAUUGGCUUUUCCGGAUGAGAAAUGUUACUCAUCAUUCCACACCA